AUGGGAAUGAACGGUUUUAAAGCAGGAAGUCAAAAGAAUCAAGACGGAAUCUACCGCGGAGAUCCAGAAGACAAAACUCUGAGACACGUGGAAAGAGACGUAGUAAUCCCUAAACGUGUACAAGAUAAAGUCGCCAAAGAAAAGUGUCACCUGGAAUACAAAGAGUUGAGUCACUGCUUGAAACUCUGUGGAAUUAAGAUCCAUCACUGUAAUAAACUGCGGGACAAAUUGAAUGCCUGUCUUCUGAAUUGGUAUUACGACCCGGAGUUUGUUCAGUCUUGUACUGAAGAAUACUUGCACGAUCGAUCCGAAUAUAGACGAACAGGUCACGCUUCAUCUCGCCUGAAGCAGGAGAUCAUCGACGACGCCAGACGUCAGCAUUUAAAUGGCAAGCGGCAUUUGCGGGCGCAGAAGCGCAAAUUCGCACAGGUGGAUCCGCACUUAAAGACGAUUUUUUUGUGCGGAUUUAAACCUUUCAGCCUGAACAAGAACUUGGUGACCGAAUACUUUCAAAAUCGGUUCGGUCCUGUUUCGAAGGUUACUAUAGACAGUAAUAAAGGAACGUUUGCUUUCGUCGAAUUCAUCGAUCCCGCUUCAGCAACGGCCGCGUUGGAGUUGAAAAAGCAUAUAAUUGAUACGAAAGUGAAGGACUUACCAGCAAAAACUGAAGACAAUAGAUUUCCUGUAAAUGAAAACGCAGAUGGAGAAGAACUGUAUAAUAAAUUAGACGUCAGAAUCCGAUCUUCGGCUUCUUUUGCGGAUCAGAUCGACGCGGUUUACGAUAUGUUGCGUCUGAACGACUACGCGAACCGCAUUGCGGUCAAAGAUCUGAUCGAGGCGCACAUAACGUCGUUCUUUGUUCCUUACCAUAUUUCGCUUCACAUAUACGGAUCUUCUACCAACGGUUUCGGGUCAAGGAUCAGUGACCUGGAUAUGACUGUUUUGUUCAGUGAUUUAGGCGAGGACGUUGUCAGUGGUCACGUUCAACGAGAGCCGGAUUAUCUACUGCAAAUCGAUGUCGGUGCGCUUGCGAAAGAUGCGCCUAUAUCGCAAAACGAACUGAAGUCUCUGACGCAUGCUGACGCUGUAACGUUGCUGUAUAGAAUACUUAAACUGAACAGUCGCCUGUGUAAUCCAACUUUGAUAAUAACCCGCAAGUGUCCUAUUGUUCGCUUCAAUUUCUGCCAGUAUCUAUGUCAGUUGUCGUACAAUAACGUUUCGGCGGUUAACAACACUCGUUGGCUGCAUGAACUAUCACAGGUUUCUAAUGACUGGCUGCCAAAGCUUGUUGGUUUAGCUCGCUACUGGAUUUCGAAAUGCGAGAAAGUGCAGGGCGUGAAGUCAGACAUGGACGGGUACGCAAUAAUGUUAUUGAUGAUAACGUUUUUGAAGCUUCGUGGUUUGGCGUCGUAUUCAGUGGAGUCGAGCAACGAUUCAGCCGAAUCUGCUUCACUGUAUCAUUGGAGCAUAUCCAACGAAAAUUUGAUGUUCUUCGUUGUGAAUUGA